CCGGCGUGGCGGCCGUGCUGUGGGGGUGGGUGUGGAAAAGCCCCUCGCUGGAUAUUUUCGCUCGGCUGGGUGGUUCUGUGUCGUGUGUGGAGGAAGCCCAGGCUUUACGGAGCAGAGGGCAGGUGAUAUCACAGAACUAAAAAUACUGGAGAUACCAGGUCCUGGGGACAGCCACCAUUUUGGAGACCCUCACCAGACAGAAUUAGGUCCCUCUGCUGUUGGGUACCAAGUGGGUAUCAAUCAGAAUGGCACAGGCAAGUUGGUCAAGAAGCUGACUUCUUCCAGCAGUGCCCCUCAAAACAUCCCUAAGAGGACAGAUGUGAAGAGCCAGGAUGUUGCCGUUUCUCCCCAGCAACAGCAAUGCUCUAAGAGCUACGUGGACAGGCACAUGGAGCCCUUGAGUCAGUCCAAAAGCUUCCGUCGCCGGCAUAACUCCUGGUCAUCUAGCAGCAGACACCCAAAUCAGGCAACUCCAAAGAAAAGUGGCUUGAAGAAUGGCCAAAUGAAGAAUAAAGAUGACGAGUGCUUCGGGGAUGACAUUGAGGAGAUGCCAGAUACAGAUUUUGAUUUUGAAGGGAACCUUGCCCUUUUUGAUAAGGCAGCUGUGUUUGAGGAGAUUGAUACCUAUGAGAGGAGAACCGGUACCCGUUGCCGGGGCAUCCCAAAUGAAAGGCCUGCUCGGUACCGCCAUGAUGAGAACAUCCUAGAGUCAGAGCCCAUUGUCUACCGACGGAUCACAGUGCCCCACAGUGUGAGCAAGGAGUUCUGCACGGACUCUGGCCUGGUGGUCCCAAGUGUUUCCUAUGAGCUACAUAAAAAGCUGUUGUCUGUGGCAGAGAGGCAUGGGCUGACCCUGGAGCGGAGGCUGGAAAUGACAGGUGUAUGUGCCAGUCAGAUGGCACUGACUCUGCUGGGAGGACCCAACAGGCUGAACCCCAAGAACGUUCACCAGAGGCCCACUGUGGCCCUGCUGUGCGGGCCACACGUGCAGGGGGCCCAAGGCAUCAGCUGUGGGAGGCACUUGGCCAACCACGAUGUACAGGUCAUUCUCUUCCUGCCCAACUUUGUCAAGAUGUUGGAGUCCAUUACCAAUGAGCUGUCGCUCUUCAGCAAGACCCAGGGCCAGCAGGUGUCCAGCCUCAAAGAUCUGCCUACCAGCCCUGUGGACCUGGUCAUCAACUGCUUGGAUUGCCCCGAGAAUGCCUUCCUGCGGGAUCAGCCCUGGUACAAGGCAGCAGUGGCCUGGGCCAACAAGAACCGGGCACCAGUGCUCAGCAUAGACCCUCCUGUGCAUGAAGUGGAGCAGGGCAUUGAUGCCAAGUGGUCCCUGGCACUGGGCCUUCCCUUGCCACUGGGGGAGCACGCAGGUCGCAUCUACCUAUGCGACAUUGGCAUCCCCCAACAGGUCUUCCAAGAGGUGGGCAUCAGCUACCAUUCGCCCUUUGGCUGCAAGUUUGUCAUUCCCUUGCACUCUGCCUAGAACCCUGCUGUCAGCUGACGAUGGACGCCUUAAGGAUGUGAAGCUUCAUGGGCCUUGCUGUUUUCCUCUUUGGGGUUGAUUUCUUUUGUGAGAUAACACACUGAAAGCUGGCCUGUGGCCUGGUGGUGGCUGAGCACCAGGGUCCUCUACCCAUGGGGUUUGUUUACAGACACAGGCAUCUCUGACUGUUCAGGGUUAAAGCACGGGCCAGGAGGGCUCAGAGAACCAGGCUCUGUGCCUGUACUGCUGUGGACUUGUCUCCUGCUUGCCCAGCUGCAGCCCUCAUUGUGGUCAUAGGCAACCUGUCCAGCAGAGGGUAGUCACGAGGGGCUUUUAUCCCUUUCUGAGCCAGGCCAGGUAUUGUGCUGGGUUAGGUAUUUCUGUUCCCCCUCUGUGAGAGGCAAGGGACAGGGGCUCAGGAUGGUAUCACCAUAGUGGGGUCUGUUGGCUGGCUGUGGUCUUCAGUGCAGCUCAUACAAGGUUAUGUUACUGGAGAACCACAGUGGCCUGCCUGUAUUGCUAACAGUACCCAUCCUGGCUGGUGGCUGUCUUUGCUAAGUUGGGCCAAAUUCCUCAGGGUGCAGCUGUAAGGGAAGCCUGGUGCUGUAUGAGGUGGCUCCUGGUGCUUUUCUAACCCAUUCCCACAUCCCCACACCCUUCCAUCCCCUCUGCCUGCCCCUCAAAAUGCUCCCCCAUAGCUGCCAUCCCAGAGCAAGGGCUCAUCCCCCUCCUUCCUGGGCUCCUCAGUGUUAUGGUCUGGACUUGGCUUUUCUGGUUGUCACUCUUGAUGUAUAGGCUUUGGGCAGCAACUUAUCUCAGAGAUGCCCCAAUAAGGCCUAGCUCUGGAUGAGCCCAUUAGUGGGCAGCCUGCCACUGAAUCCUGGAUGCCCAGCUCCAGGGCUUACCUGGACCAGCACUGGAGGUGGGUGGAACAGGGCCAAGCCUGGAGCCUUGGUGGGUUGCUGUGCAAAUACAAAGGGCUUCAGGCUACUUUUGCUCUGCCCAU